AUGCCUCUGAUACGCCUGGGGACUGCCUCACCAAGCACGCAGUCCACCACGGCCGAGACCCUCCGCCUCCUCUCCUCCAUCGCCCGCCGCGCCUCCGCCCAGAGGAUCGACAUCCUCCUCCUCCCCGAGGCCUUCAUCGGCGGCUACCCCCACGACCGCGUGAACAAGACCCGCGAGGCCUUCGCGGAGUACUUCGACCAGGCCGUCGACCUCGGGGACACCGCCGGGGGCGCCGGCGCCGGCGACGCCUGGGCCCACAGAGAGCUGGGCCACCCGGGCGAGAAGAGAGGCGACGGCACGCGCGAGGAGCUCGAGGAGAUUGCGCGCAGCUCGGGCGUCUUCCUCGUCACCGGCGUGAUCGAGAAGGUCGGCGGGUGCCUGUACGGGUCCGUCGUCUACGUGUGUCCGAGGCUGGGCAUCAUUGGCAAGCGCCGCAAGGUCAACCCCGUACGUUUUCUCCCAGAUGUGACAUCCAGUGUUUCCCUCUUUGGCCGCCCUGAAUUAACCAUUCUGCUUGUAAAACAGACUGACAUUGAGCGCUUGUUCUGGGCCCAGGGCGCCCCGAGCACCCUCCACGCCGUGUCGACCACCAUACGAGGUGUGCGCGUCAACCUGGCCGCUGCUAUCUGCUGGGAGUCGUACAUGCCGAUGGUGCGCCAGGCGCUGUACGCGCAGAACAUCAACCUGUAUCUUGCGCCCAACUCCGACGACGGGGAGAACUGGCUCAACUGCAUGCAGACAAUCGGGUUUGAGGGCCGUUGCUUCGUCGUCGGCAGUAACAUGUGCCUCAGAGGGAGGGCAGGCGAGGCUGGUGGGCAAUCGAACCGUCUCAACGGCAUUGGUAGCGCUAUGGAAAGGCACCGGGGCGGCCCGUCGCUGCCUACCGCGCCGCCGGUGAGGAGGAGGAGGAGAAAAUCAGUCUUCGACGAUGACGGGAACGAGAUUGUGCUUUGCUGCCCGGCGGACGAGAGCCCGCCUGAGGCAGUGGAUGGGGGCGUGCCUGGACCACAAGAGCAAGGCAAGGAUGACACGGUUGGGUCGCUGCCCCCAGUCGCUGAUAGAGCACAGCCAAGACGGAGAAACUCGGUCAUUUACGAAGACGGGAACGAGAUUGUCCUAAGCUGCCCUGCGGAGGAUGAGACUCCAGGUUUGGUUCCCAAUGGCGUGCCUGAGACUAACGAGGAUGACAAGGUGGGAGACCUCCCGUCUGCUCCUCCUGCUAGGAGAACGAGAAGAAAAUCCGUUUUUGAUGAUGAUGGCAACGAAAUUGUGCUUUGCUGUCCGGAUGACGGCACUUCAUCUGCGGAGCCAAACAACGCCGCAGCGACAGGAACAGAAACGUCGGAACCAUACAAGGGACCAUGGACAAGCCGUGGCGGCUCCUGUAUCGUGAGCCCUUUCGGCAAGGUCCUUGCCGGCCCGCAGUGGGAGGAUGACCAGGGCCUCAUCUAUGCAGACGUCGAUUUCCGCGAUUGUGUUCGCGGUCGGCUGGAUCUAGAUGUCGCUGGCACCUAUGCAUGCAACGAUUCAUUCAAGUUCUCUGUUGAGGGCUUGAAUCUGAACCCGCUUCCUUAUUGA